AUGAAGCGUGACGAUGGGGAGAUGGUCCUGGGGGCCCACAACGAACCAUGUCAACGACUCGUCCAGGGCCACGCUUACACAUUUGGCAAGCAUGUUACGCCGCUGUUCAUUGACGAGGUGGCCGGGAGGGUGGCCGACCUUGAGCGCAGCGAGCAUGGAAAGAUCGUGCAGCAGCUGGGGCUUGUGGAGAUGUUCCGGGAUGCCUGCGAAUCUGUGCUGUCGCGGCUGGGAGCGGCUCCUGAGGAGCCCUAUCCUCAUCAAGUACACCCGCAGUACCAGCUAGUGUUCGACCACACAUGCCAGGCCCUUGGUUGCACAGAGCCGAAUUGCUUCCUAUGCGAAGCAAACCCUAGGCGGCGCUGUAGUGGCGUCUUUGAUCGCAAAUACUUCAAGGGGGACAUCCUCAAGGGCAAGUGUGGGGCACCCAUCGUCGUGGAGCUGAGGGAUAUGGAGGGCAAGCGGGUGGCCUACGACGGCGGCAUGAUGGGUGUAAUCGUGGAGAUGUGCAUAUUGGACGGGAACAAAUACGAUCAGCUCUACCCUGAGGGGCCAGCCCAUUGUGACGUGGAUGGCCUCAACGACUGCUGCCUGCUAAUGGGCAAUGAGGGCCGCCCACUACUGGCUUCCUACGACCGCACCGCCAACCGAACUGACGGCAAAGUGGUGGUCCAGCUACAGGGCGGCACCGCCCUCCUCCCCGACCUCAACGUCACCUACAGCAGCGAGGCCCUGCUGUCCGGCCGGCGCCCGCCCUUUCGCCUGAUGGUCAAGAUCUCCUCCCCGGGCGCCCUGCCGGGCCACCUGGUCCUCCCCGCCGUCUCAGAGGGCUUCGUGGUGGCCUCCGGCAGGUCCCGCCUGGCCCAGAAAAAGUGCAUCCCAUCCGUGGACGACCCUGUUGGUCGACUCGAGCACAUGGGCAAGGAGCGGGUCAAAAAGUUGCGUGAUUUGGUGUCAACCGCGAGGAUGAUGGGCGUCGAUCUGCCGGUGAACAUGCCCCACGAGGUGAGCAAGGUGGGCCACUUCAGGGGGUUGGCGCUGGAGGCGGAUAAGGACGGCCAGCUGCGGCAGAAGAUGCUCCACAUCCUGAAGAUGUCCGAGAAGGCCUGGGAUGAGACCAGGGACCAUGCGCUGCUGGCGGUGACGAACGACACGCGGAUGCGGGCCUGGUACCAGGAGGAGUCCGGCGAGGGGCUGGUGUACACGUGCUACCUGGGAGACACGGACCUCGAGCGCCCCGUGGCGCUCAUUCAAGGCGGGAAGGUGAUACUCAAGGAGCGCCAGGCACCGCAUCAGCGCGAGCUGGUGCGCGAGCUGCAGCAGAAGGCGCGCAAGGCCUGGUGGGAUCCGGGGCACCCCGGGUGGAUGUUCUACCCCUACGACUCUGAGGACUUCUCCGAAAAUCCCCAGCACCUGCCCCCGCCCUCCGCCCCCCGUCCCUUGCGGCCCGGGCAGGGCCGGGCGCUGGAACUUGGCGGCUGUGACCUGGGGCCCCCUAGGGUGCCAUCCUCCAAGGGGGUGGCGGACACCGCGUCGUUGGGCCUGGGCUCGAUGAACGGCUCCCUGGGGGGGUACCUGCCCUCAAUCCCGUCGCUGGGCACCAGCCCGGAAAACCUGUCGAUCAGCGAGUCGCUGGCGUACGACGACGGCGGAAUGGCGCGCGGCAAGAAGCGCCGGCUGGACGACGACUCUGCCAAAAAAUUCGAAUGGGGGGGACACGAGGCCAAGGCGCAGGUCCUGGCGGCCGGCGGCUCCAGAGACGGCCGCUCCGUGUCCCUGAGGGACGCAAAUUCCGGCGGGUCUGGCCCCAGGAUCAUAUCUCCUUUCGAGAAUCCGGGCCAGCAGAGGGUGAUCUUUUCCAUGUGCCACCAGCCCCCGCCGCAGCCCAUCCAGCCCGAGCCUCCACUUGAGUCCCCCUUCAGCGACAUCAGCCUGCCCAAGCCGGAGAUCGUGAAGGUGCAGGCGGAGGACUGCAGGGGCCGGCGCAAUCAGCACGUGCCGGUGCCUGAGGAAGGGUCUGUCCCCUCCGCCAAUGUGGCCAAGCAGAUGGAAGAAUUCAUACAAAAGAAUUCGACAUUCAUGGGCCGUGGGCCGAAGUCCGAGAGGCGGCACCCCAUGGCCAGGGGGGGUUCCUUCACGUUCAGCGCCCCGCGGAGCAACCCAGUGCGGGGAUCGGCUGACUUGGCAAGCAUUGGCCUAAGGGCACGGACGGCAGAGGAGGGGGGCAAGAAGGCGCGGAGCAGCGUGGGGGCUGGGCUGGGUCCCAGCGGCAGGCAGUGGCCCCAGCACUUGAGCCUCGGCAGUAUAGAGACCCUGGACGCCAAUGCCAAGUCGGCCAUCCGGCACAUUGAGCUUGCGAGGAGGCUGGAGGACGGGACAGUGUCCAUCCUGCCUAUGCCAUCUUCCAACGGGGGCGAGGAGGGGGAGGGGGGCAGGCUGGUGGUCCCACACGUGGAUGGGGUGAGCAACGAGGCGGUAAUGAGGAUGGCAAGGGUAGCGCAGGGGGGGGGCAGGAGCGAGAGGGUGCUGGAGGGCAGGCAGGUGUUUGAGGAACAAGGGAGGGUUGUAGGGGACGUGGAGGGUGCAGGGGAUGGGGCCCAGGACAUGGGUGAGUAUGUAUCCACGAGCAACUCCCAGGGACAGAUCAUCGUGCUGGGGAACACCAGCCCAGGGGGCCAGCAUGGUGGGGUGUUUCCUUAUGGGAGUGUAGUGCUGCUGCCCAUCAACAUGACGCAGCAGAUCAGCAGCACCAACAACAACAACUCGGCGGGGGACGAGGCCAUGGUGGAGGCGGAUAAGGCAAACUAG